AUGCUUUUUACCUACACAGCGCUUAUUACAAAAGCUGUGCAGAUGGGAGUAGUAGGCAGGCACGUCUUUGCCAUUGAGAACGAGGAAAUUGUACCGCCUGCCUUGAAGCUCGUCUACAUCAGUUUCGUGAUUAUUAUCAUUGGCUGCGUUCUUAGCAAGACAUCCUUUGCCAUCACCCUUCUUCGGAUCGUGACCAAAACAUGGAUGAAAUUUCUGUUGUGGACGAUCAUCGUCACCAUGAACGCAAUCAUGUGGCUCUGUGCAAUCUGCUAUCUUGCUCAGUGCAGGCCUGCGUCAGCACUUUGGAAUACCAAGCUCAUGGCAACUGCCAAGUGCUGGCCCACCAGUGUAUUUGAGACUAUUGCCCUCACGGCGGGAGCAUACUCCGGAUGUAUGGACUUUAUUCUUGCUCUCUUUCCAUGGGUAUUACUAUGGAAACUUCAAAUGAAGAAGCGUGAGAAGUUUGGAAUUGCCAUUGCCAUGAGCAUGGGUGUCUUGUGA